GGGAAAAAACGUCCGUUGAAAAGAGUGGGGUGGGGGUAAACACGUCCAGACGGCUCGGAUGAUCACAGCUCAUGCUGGUCCGUGUAUUCGGAACUGAAGUUCAUCAUUUUUACGGCAUUUUAACAGACUCGUGCACAGUGCACAUUGAGUGAACGGGACCGGGCGGCGGAUCUCUCAUCCUCUUUCUCUUCAGCAGGCUGAUAAGGAGACACAGAUGGACAACAGGAACUCAUCUGAUGACAAGCCCGUUCAGCGCUCUAAGUCUUUCAGUUUCAAGACACAGAGCGAAACGUGCGCAUCAUGUGAAAAGACCGUGUACCCAAUGGAGAAACUGGUGGCCAACAACCUCAUUUUUCACAACACGUGCUUUUGCUGCAAGCACUGCAACACCAAACUCAGUCUGGGAUCCUACGCUGCCUUGCAGGGGGAGUUCUACUGCAAGCCGCAUUUCCAGCAGCUCUUCAAGAGUAAAGGAAACUAUGACGAGGGCUUCGGCCGCAAGCAGCAUAAGGAGCUCUGGUCCUCCUCCAAGGAUGCUGAGAGCAUCACCAAGACGUCAUAAUCUUCAAUGAUUUCCAAAGCUCAACUGUCUCCUACUCCUGACCAAUGAUUACGGCCCUUUAUAUACUCUGCCCACAUACACGCUUACACUUAUUUUGAGCACACGGUUGAGUCGGCACUCUUCAUGAUAUCACACAAUCGCAGAUACCAACCUUGAUACAGUAGUUUAUAAACUUCUAUUUUUUGGAUGUUUGCUCUUGUUUAGAUCCUUUUUCAUUUUAAUUAGCCUUAGCUAGCAUCAUAUGUUUUUUUUUGUAUUUCUUUUAUACCUUAUACUGUGGAGAUAAUCCACGGUGAACGGUUAGUUGAUUGUGACCAAACUCUAUAAAUCUCCCAUUCUUGAUUUGGCAGUACUAGUAUUGGUUUGUUUGUUUUGUUGUAAGAUUGGUUCUGAGAUGAAAUGCUUGCAUGGUUUAGAUUUUACACUCAGGUAAACAAUUCUAGGGUGUUGCAUCAAAGUGAUUCUAUAAUUUUGAUUGUAAAAGUGUUUUUAUGAUUUUAUUAUUUUCCUUUUACUUGUGUUACAGCAAUCAAUACUGAUUUUAGACUAUAUGGCCUAACAGUUUUCCUUUCCAGCUUUAUUUUGCUUUGUUGGCGCAGGGUAUUUUAUCUGUGAAUCUACAGGGUACACUGUACUGUAAAUAACUCUCGUCUGAGUUUGUUUCAUCCCAUUUCCUCUUUGUUUUAUUUUGCAUUCCUGUACACUUUUCUGCCCUUUUGUUUUUAGUGGCUUAAAUAUUAUUAUACAGAUUCUGUAAGAGCGGUCUCUGCGUCGUUUUAAUCAAAUAAUACUUUAUUUAAAAAAAUCAUAAGGCUCAUUUAUAAAAUCUAAUUUUGUUAGACAGCAUUUACUUGUGAUAUUUGAGCCAUUGUUAUGCCCUUAUGCCAGUUAAUUGGGCAACAGUCUUUUAUAUUUCUUUUCUGACGCCCUCUAGUGGUUUUGGAUGAUAUUUUUUUUGUUGGACCCAACAUCAUAAUGGUCUCUUAGCUUUAGUGUCUUGAUGCCAUCUAGUGAUUUUAUAUGUCUGUACAUCUGCUUAUUAUACUCGUUUAGUCUUAGGUUGAGGAAUGACUGCAGAUAAUUUCUGCUGACCGCACAUUAUAAAGUUUUUUGAUUUCUUGCACAGGCAUUUGUACAUUGGUACCACUAAGCAGAGUGAAUGUACUUUGAUGCACUGUACUGUACUUAUAUCUGCAUGGGACCAAGCUUGUACGACAAAUUAAGAUAUUUACAGGGAACUAGGUCUCAGAGGAAAUGACAUUUUUAAGAUGCUUCACGCCAUUGCCUUUCCCCCCUUUUCCACAACUUCCUCUCAUAUCAUGGUUUUGGCUUUUUCCUGUGGGCAUCUCUGUGACAGGGUUUCAUGGGGACUUUGCGAGUACAUACUUAACAGUGUGGCUCCUAAGCAUUGCUCAGGAAUAUAGAUGGAUCACAAUGAUCCAACUGUGUAAUCCUCAGUGUUUGUUGCUAAAAGCUGUUGGUCACUUGAACUUUUAUGUUCAGAUAUUUUUUCGCACUCUAAAAUAGGCAAAUUGUAAGUGCUCAUCUGUGAAAGCUGGAGAACAGGAAGGUGGUUACUGUAAAUGUAAAUUUAAAUGAACACUUCCACAUGAGCGGUUUUAUGUGCACAUUUAUAUGUCAACGUGAAACUGUGACUUUGCAUCUCGUGAUUUGUCACUGUGGACAUUUUAUGUGACUUUAUAACCUGUGACCUUUCUAGUGGUUUGUGUAAAAAGAGCAUUGAUGUGAUGUUUCUUUUAAAGAUUGAAAGACUUUUUAAUGAUUUGGCCAUAUUUUUUUCUCUUCCUUAUAUGCUUUUAUUCUAUAAAACAAACUUUUCAAUGGACGCACAUCACUGUGUUUUACAUAAAUUUUAAAUGUAUUUGCACAGAAGUGUGCCAAGGUACAGAUUACACAAUUCCCAUGCAUACACUUGGAGUCUUUUAUAAACUACCAGAACAAAAAAGUAUAAAAGGUACGUUUCACUUUGCUGUUUUCUGAUGGAUUUCUAGUUCUUGAAGUGUGUGAGUGUGUCUUUUUAAGCGUAUGGAUAUGUAGGAUUGCAAAAGAUUAUUUUCAAAUGCAGUUUACAUUGUCCUCAUGCGUUGACUGAGCAGAGAUCAAUGCAUGCAAAGUGUAUUUUGCUAAAACUUCAUCAGCAGAACAGGUGGCCUUAAAGCAGAAGGAGGUCUUGGCUCUUAUCCUCAUCAGGUUUAAUUUUUGUCUUUGUACUUUUAUCAUCCCUCCAAUUCAACUGCUGUUCUGCCCCCCCCACCAUUUUAUUCAGUUGCACAAAUUUUCAUUUUUGUACAUGCUUUUUCGAAAAAAAUAAAUAAUUGGUAUGCUGGUG